AUGUCGAGCAAGUUUCAUAAAUGCAAUAGCUGUACUUCUGAUUAAUAAACUUAUUUUUUCAAUCAUUAUUGCAUUCCGAAUAUAAAUUAAAUUUCUUAUUUUACUAGAUUUAAUAUAGUUGAAUCAGUUAAUUAGCAACUUUCUAUCACUAUUACUGAUACAAGUUGCUUGAUUGCAUAGGUAUUUGAUAAUUUAGUUAUUUCUAAUACCAAUAUUGUGGAUGUUAAACUAGUUCAAUUUUGA